UGGGGUUGCGGAGGGAACAGACCGCGGGAGCAGCCCGGGCAAGGCGAGUCGUGGGCAAGGGUUUCGUCUGUGCAGCGCUGCAGGCAGUUGAACUGAAGAGAGUGACUUUGGAGCUUUCAUCUCUUCUGCCAUUUGGGAUUUAAUUUGCAUCAUCUGACUCUUAUCUUGGAAGAAGAAAAAAAGCAGCAGCAGCAGCAGCAAGUCAAACCCACACACAACAUGUUGUUGCGCAGAAGGACUUCCACUCCCUGGCUGUGCUAUUAAUGUUAGCAAUCAGGAAAAGCCUUUGGGGGCUGCAGAUUCUCUCUAGUCUGAUGCCGCCGCCGCCACCACUGCUACUAAGGGUUUUGGUGCAGGGAAUCCAAACUGCUGCCUUUCCGUCCACCAAGCUCUUCACAUCUGCAUGUCUCUGCUGCUUGCGCACACACCAUCUCACACCCUCUCUCCAUGGACUGAUUGCUGUUGGAAGACAAGGCUGACCAAGUGAUCCUGUGUGUGUGUGCACGCGCUUUGCGGGAGGGAGGCGGAGCACAAAUUGCAUUUAUUUGUUAUAUUCUGGAGGAUCUGUUUUGAAGAUAAUCUUUUUUGGGGGGAAGGAAAAUAUGACGUCGCCAGCCAAAUUCAAAAAGGAUAAGGAGAUCAUAGCUGAAUAUGACACACAAGUCAAAGAGAUUCGAGCUCAGCUUAUUGAACAACUGAAAUGUCUUGAUCAGCAAUGUGAGCUUAGAGUCCAACUGCUCCAGGACCUGCAAGAUUUUUUCCGCAAAAAGGCUGAGAUUGAGAUGGAUUACUCCAGGAAUUUAGAGAAGCUGGCUGAACGAUUUCUAGCAAAAACAAGGAGCACCAAAGAUCAACAAUUCAAGAAGGAUCAGAAUGUUCUUUCCCCUGUCAAUUGCUGGAAUCUACUCUUAAAUCAGGUGAAGCGGGAAAGCAGGGACCAUACCACCUUGAGUGACAUCUACCUGAACAACAUCAUCCCUCGGUUUGUUCAAGUCAGUGAAGAUUCUGGACGACUUUUCAAAAAGAGCAAAGAGGUUGGCCAACAGCUCCAGGAAGACUUGAUGAAGGUCCUGAAUGAGCUCUACACGGUGAUGAAGACCUACCACAUGUACAAUGCUGACAGCAUCAGUGCUCAGAGCAAGCUGAAAGAGGCAGAGAAGCAGGAAGAAAAGCAAAUUGGCAAAUCUGUAAAGCAAGAGGAUAAGCAAACCCCACGGUCCCCUGAUUCAGCCUCCAGUGUCAAGUUUGAAGAAAAACACGUCCGUCGGAGUUCAGUCAAAAAGAUUGAGAAAAUGAAAGAGAAGCGCCAAGCAAAAUACACAGAAAAUAAACUGAAAGCUAUUAAGGCAAGAAAUGAAUAUCUGUUGGCUCUGGAGGCCACCAAUGCGUCUGUGUUCAAGUAUUAUAUCCAUGACCUGUCUGAUCUCAUUGAUCAGUGCUGUGACCUAGGAUAUCAUGCCAGCCUUGGCAGGGCACUCAGGACAUUCUUGUCAGCAGAGCUGAACCUAGAACAAUCGAAGCACGAGGGCCUGGAUGCCAUUGAGAAUGCUGUGGAGAACCUGGAUGCCAAUAGUGACAAGCAGCGCCUCAUGGAGAUGUGCAACAGUGUCUUCUGCCCACCCAUGAAGUUUGAAUUCCAGCCCCACAUGGGUGACAUGGUCUCCCAGCUGUGUGCCCAGCAGCCAGUUCAGAAUGAGUUGGUGCAGAGAUGUCAGCAGCUGCAGUCUAGGCUAUCUACACUGAAGAUUGAAAAUGAAGAGGUUAAGAAAACAAUGGAAGCCACACUGCAGACUAUCCAAGAUAUUGUCACCAUUGAAGAUUUUGAUGUCUCCGAUUGCUUCCAGUAUAGCAAUUCCAUGGAGUCCGUAAAAUCAACAGUCUCCGAAACCUUCAUGAGCAAACCAAGCAUUGCAAAAAGAAGGGCCAAUCAGCAGGAGACAGAGCAAUUCUACUUCACAAAGUUGAAGGAGUAUCUGGAAGGAAGGAAUCUCAUCACGAAGCUUCAGGCCAAGCAUGACCUCCUUCAGAAGACUCUGGGAGAAAGUCAAAGAACUGACUGCUCUCUUGCCAGCAAACGCAGCUCUACCAUAAGAAAGCAGGAUUCUAGCCAGGCUAUUCCCCUGGUAGUAGAAAGCUGCAUACGAUUCAUUAGCAGACAUGGGCUACAGCAUGAAGGAGUAUUCAGGGUGUCAGGAUCUCAGGUUGAGGUGAAUGAUAUCAAAAAUGCAUUUGAACGAGGGGAGGAUCCACUGGCUGGAGACCAAAAUGAUCAUGAUAUGGACUCAAUAGCAGGAGUUCUAAAGCUCUACUUUCGCGGGCUAGAACAUCCUCUCUUCCCCAAGGAAAUCUUUCAUGACCUGAUUGCCUGUGUUACAAUGGACAAUCUGCAAGAGAGAGCUCUGCACAUUCGGAAAGUCCUACUGACUUUGCCUAAAACCACUUUGAUUGUAAUGAGAUACCUCUUUGCUUUCCUCAAUCAUUUAUCUCAGUUCAGUGAAGAGAACAUGAUGGACCCCUACAAUUUAGCCAUCUGCUUUGGACCCACACUGAUGUCAGUGCCUGAAGGACAUGAUCAGGUCUCCUGCCAAGCUCAUGUCAAUGAGCUCAUCAAAACUAUAAUCAUACAGCAUGAGAAUGUCUUCCCAGGACCGAGAGAGCUGGAGGGCCCUGUGUACACAAGGGGUGGAAGCACUGAGGAUUACUGUGAAAGCCCCCAUGGGGAGACAGGCUCCACAGAAGAUGCAACUCAAGAUAUGGCCACUGAACACCAUACAAGUGAUGAUGAAUGUGAACCAAUUGAAGCAAUAGCCAAAUUUGACUACACUGGUCGAACAGCACGGGAGCUGUCUUUUAAAAAGGGGGCAUCCCUCCUACUUUAUCACCGGGCCUCUGACGACUGGUGGGAGGGCCGCCACAAUGGAAUUGAUGGCCUGAUCCCCCAUCAGUACAUCGUUGUCCAGGACACUGAGGAUGGCAUAGCAGAAAGAUCAAGCCCAAAAUCAGAAAUAGAAGUAAAUUCUGAACCACCUGAAGAAAAAGUGACAGCCAGGGCUGGUUCCAACUGUCCAACUGGAAGCCACGUUGCAGAUAUUUAUCUUGCAAAUAUCAAUAAGCAAAGAAAGAGGCCUGAGUCUGGUAGUAUACGAAGAGGGCUCCGUCAGAGUGACAGCCAUGGACUGCCCAGCUCACUGGGAGAACCGGCCCCACCAGGAGCUGUAGCCAGUUCUCGUCCCUCGUCACAACCCAUUAUGAGCCAAAGUCUCCCAAAGGAGGUAUCAGAUGCGUGUUCCAUUAGUGGCCAUGGGAGUCUCAAUUCUCUCAGCCGGCAUGCCUCUCUGAAGAACAGGAUAGAUAGCCCCCACAUCCGGAAAAAUGUGACUGCAGGAAGGUCAAAGAGCUUUAAUAACCACCGACCCAUGGAUCCUGAAGUCAUUGCUCAGGAUAUUGAAGCUACUAUGAACUCUGCUCUGAAUGAACUGCGGGAGCUGGAAAGACAAAGCAAUGUAAAACACACGCCUGAUGUUGUUCUUGACACCCUGGAACCAUUGAAAACCUCCCCUGUUGUGGCACCCACCUCAGAGCCUUCCAGCCCUUUGCAUACUCAGAUCCUCAAGGACGCUGAACCAGCUUUUCAGCGGAGUGCCAGUACAGCAAGCGACAUUCCCUGCACCUUCAGGCCAGCAAAGUCUGUCAAAAUGGCUGCCCAGGUCAAACCUCCAGCAACCAGGCCAAAGCCUGCAGUUUUCCCCAAAACCAACACCACAAGCCCUGCAGUCACAUCAGCUUCUCCACAGUCUACUGACAAGUCCUGUACUGUCUGAACUUGAAACCCUACUGUGAAUAUAGUGUUUUUGUUUUCAGAAGAGGGGAUCCUGUUAAAGAGACACUAACAUUUCUAUUUAAUUAGUAUUGAACUUCUGGUGAAGAUUAGUUGGUAAGUUACUGUUGCCAGGGAUAUUCCCAGCAGGAAAACCCCAGGAAAGUAAUUCAACCUCACUUUGCACCUCCAUAAAUGAAAAUAGGCGCUAGGGCACCACAUCUUUGCAUACCUGAGACAUAGAAAGUCUUGUCUCAGGUGGCCAGUGAGAAACCAGUAAGGAAAAGAUGGAACUUUUUUUGGGGGGUGGGGGGGUUAACUAGGCAAUGCCUUGUUCAAGUGUCUGAUCGCUAUGAAAAAUCUUCAGUGUCCUCAUGUUUGGAGGCUGUGUGCUUCAACCACUACAGGGAAACAGUACAAGAUUGGUCAUCCACGGAUCAUUUUGAUCCCACUUGGGCAUACCUGGAGCCUAUUUUUGUGCAUUAUACAGUGCCCAGUGCUGCCACGAAGUCUAAUAAGUUUCCAUUACAGCUCUUUUCAGGGAUACAUGGCCUCGGUUUUUUGUCCUAAGUUCAAAAACUUCCAGAAUAGUGCCACAUAAGCAGGGCCUUGGUUUACUUUGAGGCAUACAACAUGCACAAAUGCAUGUAGUCAUUUGAAGUAAACAGUCGUUCUGGGAGAAAUCAGAAGUGUGAGAGCUUGCGUUGUUCAACACUCCCUCCUGAUAUCAUUGCUUGGUGCUUCCAGAAUGAAACACAACACUUUGAAGUGAGAUUUUAAAACCAUUUUUCCAGAACAGUUUCUGUGUCCUUUCAUAGGGACUCAGGAGGCAAAAUGAAAAUACGUGUUAACUUUUGAAAACCAGCUACUGUUGAUUCUCUCUCUCUCUCUCUCCCCCCCACCACACUCCAUGCUGCUCUGCAGUGGUAUUCUUUCCCCAAAUAUGUACAUCUGUAAUGUUCUUUGUAAAAUUAAAUGGGUUCAAGCCAAACCUUUUAGUUCCCAACAAUCCUAAACUCUAGAUUUGAUAUGAUAUUCUGAGCUAGCAGCUUGACCCUAUCUCUGUGUGUUUCCGUGGGUGGGUGGGUGUCUUUUUUCCCUUGUGUCUCCAUCUGCUGUGAGUUUGUGGUAUGGCAGCAUAAGGCAAAUAAAAUAAAAGCUGCUGUAGGACAUGGGCAUAGUCCAGUAUGCAACAUAUUUCUGUGACAGAUCACAGUGUUUUCAAGUACUCUACAGACAGUCAAAUGAAUCAUCUUAGUAUCUGGUAGUAAUCAUACUGGAUUAUAAGCGUUCCAAGUUCCAACAGACUGUAUGGACUUUUUGUUUGCAGUGAAUGGGAAUUAAUUUUUCAAGAUGGUAACCAUCUUUAAAAGGAAAAAAGAAAACGCACACUUCAAAAGCAACAGGGAAUUUCUUUGCUGUUUUUUAUCACCGCCAACCAAAAGAACUCUGAAUUAAAAUGGAUUCUAUUGCACUUCUUUGAUUGUCAACUUUGAGGGCAAGAUAAGGAACUGAAAUGUUUUCUUUUACACUUUAGGCCUGAGCUGCAGUCUUGUUUUUCUUGUGAUUUUAUGAAUGGAAUAAUUUACUGAUACUGUAAUAGAAGCAAAAUACUUAAUCUUCUGUGAACAAACUUGAUGGUGGCCGUUUUGGAUUAAUAUAAGUUUGUUACUUGGACAGACACUUUCUUUUAAUCUCCUACAAGUUUUUAAUUUUUUUAAUGAUUGUUGUUUCUAAAGAAGACUUGAUCAGCAGUGGUAGAAAGGAAACCUUGUGGAGAGGUUUUUUUGGGGGGCAGUAUUGUUUGUUAAUGUUUUCACUAUCUAUUCCCUCUUAGAUACAUGCACACAUACCGCAUACGUGUAUUUGUGUGUUAAUUCUGUGUCAUUGGCCUUUUCAGGCUGAAGUGAAAGGCCUGAGUACAGCAAUCUCAUCAUUAAGGCUCAAGAUGGGACAAAUUUUCUAUUCGGGAUCAUUCAUUCUUCUUCUUAAAAUGAGUUUUCCACGCAGGCAGAACUACUAGAAUGUUUAGUUUUGUAAGAUGCUGUUAAGGUUGCUGUCUCUUUAGCAACCCAUUUGAUAGGCUAAUCCAAAUGCCCAAAUAUCGAAGGCGCAUGAAGCAACCUUAGCACAAAGUGACGUCAGCUCUAGUGUUAGGCUACUGCACAAAGUGGUCAGCAGGUAGAAUUUCUUUAUAGAAAAGAUAUUCAGCACAUACCAUCAAUGCCUUAUUUUACUAGGUUUUUGUACCGUGUCUUGCAGCAGUGAAGAACAGCCCAACCACCCAAGGCACCUUGCAACAAAAUGGUUCUUUUGUGUCUUCAGAUUGUUUUGGUAUGUGGGUGAAAACUGGCAUUUUUUAAAUGGCUUGAGGUUUUUAUGACCAGACUUUGUAUAUUUAACUUUGCCCCCCACCCUGCCACCACCACCCCAACUUUAACACUGGGGAGAAUCUACUGACAAAGAAAUAGAAAUGUCAGAGUAUGUAUGUAUAACAUAUCAUGUGCUAUCCAACUGGAAUUUAAAUGUGAUCAUGACCUAUAUUGCAAAUCUACGUAUGAUAAACAUACUUUCACGGGCAAGCUCUAAGCAGUUUAUUUUAAACAUGCAUGACAUUUGCAAAAAAUACAUAAAUUGCCAAGUUCAAAAUCUUUUGGUAGGUGAUUUGGGAUCAGUUACUAUUCAUGUCUCUUCAUGACUGGAAAGGGAAGUGCUUUCUACACAUCUCUGGUGGAUGAAUUACUGAAGAGAGAGAAAUAUAAGAUUCAGAGAAUACCUACACUACAAACCUUUAUUGAUUUUAUUUCACUUAACUUUGAUGGCUUUUGCAGAACUAGGCUUGAUCAUUUUGUUUUCGGGAGCCACUGAAAAUUCUCUUAGUAUCUCCCCCAGUCUCCUUCCUUACACACAGGGAACUGCAAACAUCCAAGCUCACUGGGAAAAAAGGAAUGACAUUUCAAAAACUUAUUAAAAGCACAAUUCUAUCCCUCCCCCUUAUUGAUGGAUGGAGAGGGUGCCCCCAAACUCCCCACACACAACAGCAGAGAGAAGAGUUGCCGAUUAGGGAUGUUCUGGCAUAGUGGAAGUCCCUACCAUGCCUGAGCAGAAAGUUUCUACUGUGGGGAUGAGUGGAAAGCUCUGGAACAUGGAAUUUUGGAGGAGAGGAGGAGCCAGUUUUGGAUCCAGCUGUUGCUGUAUUCUCAGUUUGGUUCCAUCAUUUACCCUAUCCCCCUGCAGAGCUACUGCAGCUAGUUCUCUCUCCCACCCCCACCCCGCCCUGUCAGCAGAAAUCUGAAUCAGAACUGUAAAGAGAAUUUUACAAUUCCCUUCCAGCAGCUCCAUGUAAGCUGAGAGGGUAAAGAAUGAGACAGUAGAAGCGCCUCCUGACUCCUGGCAGCAGUCCCACUCAGGACGGCUGCAAUCUCAUUAACAGAUUCUGAAAGUAAGGCCCAUUAAUUAGAGGGAAUGCUCUGCCAAGUAAUCAUGUUGGAUUUUGCUAUUUGAUUGUAGGUUAGAUAGAACACAAAAAGCUAAUGGUACAGCUGGAGCCCUCAUUUUACAGAUGUUUGCAAGAAGGGAUAUUGAAUUCAGCCUAAGAAAUGCAGCUUGACUGGUGCCAAGUAAGUGCAAGCCAAUAUGUUGAUAACUGGAAUCAUACAGUUUUGUGCGCCAGUGACUUAGGCGAGACUGUUACAGAAGUGCAGAGGAGUGGGCUUAAGGAAACACCUUUCAAGGCAAUAAGGGUAUUUUUGCUGUUAGUCUUUGGAGCUGCAAUGCCUUUGCCUCAGCUGCAACAUCUCAUUUCUUCAAAGUGGCAGUUGAACAACUUUCCAUUAUUGCUCAACAUCCCACUUUUUAACUGUUUCUGGUAAUUUACAAGCCCUUAUGAAAUUCUAGGUUUAGUUCACAUGUCGAUACUUUGAAAUACAACUGACUGGCGAAGCUCUGGACACUAUUAAAUUACACUGGACAAUAUGAAGUGACAUGACAGGCUGGAGGGUUCUGGGAGUUGUAGUCCAACAUGUCUGGAGGGCACCAGGUUAGGGAAGGGUGCUCAACAUAUUUAGGCUUUGAAGGCUUUUUGUGAGCAAAAACAGAACAACCUCUUAUUCCUGCCCCAUGGUUUUGUUUGAAUGGUAAUAUAAUACCACAAGAAUGUAGGAGAUCUUUCAACUUUAAUUCAACAGUGACAAUGGCUUUGAGAACUCUGCUUUUAAUGAGCCUUCUCCAAGCCUGGGACUCCUGGCUGGCUAAAAGCCUGAUUCUUCUCCCAACCACUGCUGUUGCCCAGAAGAAUUAGUCUGGCCAAAAUUCAUGUUGGCACUUUACAGUACAAACUAUUGUAUCUGUACCUCUGUGCCAUUUUCACUUGUAUAGAGCACUAGCAUUUGAUACUAGGACAACUCAGUAUUAAGCAACUUCCUGGCAUCCAUUAACUGCUCUUGUCACUUACGGGACAAUCUGAAUUUGGGACUAGAAAAGGACGUCCCACCUAUGCCCAAGCAUUACCCCCCUCCCCUCUUCUUCCCCUUCCUGUGCAACUAUCUCAAAUGGAGAGCAGGGGAGAGAGAAGUGCACCUCCUUAUUAAAGUGGGAGACACCUCCCACUUCUGUCGUAUUCUCUUUUAUGAAGUCUACUGCAGAAAAACGGCCACCCCUUUUCUCCUUACAAAUCUGCGAGAAAGGCCAAUGCAACUCGAGCCUUUUGAAGCCUGGUUGGAGCUGACUGGCUUUGUGGAUCCAAGCCAGAAGGAUUGAACACCUUUCAGGCUAAACAUUUACUGUAAUGGAAUCUUUACUAAGAUAUAUAUAUAGUUUACCUAACAAGCUUCAGACUUUCAUUAAGGAUAGCUACAGAAUAUCAUGACAUGUGCCUAAGAAACUAGAAGAAAACAGCCCCCUAAAUGCAAGACUGCCUCAUUCUGCCAGCGUGCACAUUUACCCAGAACGUCUCAAUGCAUGUUCUUAGGCUGCAGGUCCUCAAAGGGCACCCUUCUGAAAAAAAGCACACCGCCAACAAAAGCUUGAUGUGAAAAUGGUGCUGUGAAUAUAUAUCACAUAUAGGUAACUGAGUCUUAAAAUAUUUUAUUCAUGGUGAAAUAUCUACCUUGCUUUUAGAGUUACAGGAAGCUCCCAGGAAUCCUUCUCCAUCUCAGACAAUUAUAAAUGAUGCUCAGACUGCACAAAGCUUAGGAAAGCCCAGUCUUGCCUCUCCGCUGUGUAGCGCACAAACAAUUUAUGCAUGUGCAGUAGCUGCUUUUUAAACGUUUUUAACACCUCUACCUAUUCUCAUGCUUACAAGCAAAGGAAACAGAAUUUAAUAAGAUGCUUCCAUCUUGGUUAUUCUUGCAAGCAUGGGGGUGGAGAAGUAUUUAAUGGUUUAGGCUGUUUUGUUUUUUUACAAGUUUAAAGUGUCCAGGGUAAAUAGAUUUGAUUUUUUUAAAUAUAUAUAUAUAUAUAUAUAUAUAAUAUCUUGUGAGCAGGAUCUUAUAGAAGACGUUUGUCCAUACAAGUGAAAUGUUCCAUGGGAUGGAUAUUCACUGUUCAGUUAUUACAGCACUAGAAUAAUUUUUCAGGGCACUUCUGUGUGCUUUUCUCUCUUUCGUUUGCUCCCUUUUCCUCUGGAAGUAACAGGCUUUAAUCUGCCUGCACAGAGCUUCAUGGAUUGAGUUCUGUGGGUGCCAAACUGCUAGAGCAAUAUAUUUAAAGUAUGAUGUAAAAAAACGAAAUCCAUGUAGCCAAAAUACAGCAAAUGCUGACGCAUAUGAAAACAAAUGGCAGCAUUGUCUUUAUUCUACUGUAUGUAACACAGUUCAGUUGCACAGUCUAGUGAUCUUCAACUUUUGUGUUUAAAAUCUAAUCCUGCAAAGUCAGGUUUGGGUCCAUUCAGUGCAUUAUUUAGGUGGUUGUUUUUAAUUAACAGCGGAUGUUUUAAUAAGUUUGGAAUGAAAUGUUCUUGUUUUAAAAGCAAUUUUGCAUUGUUUCUUAUCUUCUACACCAAUCUAUAUAUAUGGUGUAUAUAUUUUCCUUUCAAAGCAAAACAAGCAACUGUAAAAUUGAACUUUGUAUAUACUACUAUGUACAAUAUUGGAGGUACAUCUCUUCUUUCUUUUUGGUACAGUAUUGUACAGUAUUAGAGGAGUUAAAUGUGUUGAAAAUGUUAAAUCCGUACUGAGGGGAAACAAAUAUAUCUGUUGUCGUUAGCAAUAGUUUUGGAGAAAUAAAUGUUUGGGUAUGGUGGAAGUGCUGACUUACGGACAAAA